UGUUGUGGUUAACCAUCUGUAUUAUUGACUUACUUUAUGAUUAAGCAAUGUAUAUAGACCGAUCUGACUCAAUCCAAUGAAUAUGAUUAUUGACUAUUAUCAUCACACACUUAUUAAAUAAUUUUCUUUCAAAGCUUUAAACGAGACUUUUAGUUAUAUUGACUUAUUUAGUCAAAAAGUUUCACCAGUAUCAUACUGUAGGUUUUGGACCUUUAGUACAUUAAAAAAAUUGUUUUCUAUGUAAAUAAUGUUCAUCUAUAUGACCAUUGAAAUUCUUCUACUCGUACACUUCUCAGAAAGAGAGUUAUUAAAUUCAUUAUAAAUAGAUUCAUACACGCUUAAGUUUUGGGUUGUGUAGACAACAAAAGAAUCACAUUUGAAAUUUGAUUUGUGGUGUGAAUAUAUAUUAUAAUGAUAAAAUGAAAUUUUAAUAGCCAAAAGAAAAAUAUAUGAAUGGUAUCAAACUUUAAUUUUUGUUCUCUCUAAUUACAAUACCAGCCCCUACAAUUAUAACAGUCUGAAUUGUAACGACAAAGUCUUCCGAUCGAGCAAACUUAACAACCUCUCUUCUUUCUAGACUUUCGAACAUACUUUUCUCUGUCUAUUUUUCACGUACGUACUCGAUUUCUUCUUUUCUUCUUACUUUCUCUUAUCUUUUUAUUACGAGGAAGAAGAAGAAGAAGAACAUAACACUUUUUGUCCCUUUCCCACCUCCAAAUUUUCUCUGGUUUUUCUCGACAAAGACUUAGGAGAGAGAGAGAGAGAGAGAGAGAGAGAGAGAGAGAGAGAGAGAGAGAGAGAGAGAGAGAGAGAGAGAGAGAGUUUUAUUACUCUAUCUCCAGCUUUAAAUUUUGUUGUCUUUCUCCUUCACUUUCCAGGAAACUCCCUUUCUCAUGUUAGUUAAAUAGAUCUCUGUUCAUACUUCUUAUUCCAAAAUUUCAUUUUCGUGGUUAACUUCUCAGAUCAAAAGUAACUAAAUUGUUUUCUUUAUUCCACCAAAAUUCAACUUGUUUUCCUAAAAAAAGGUUUUAAUCUUUCUGCUCUGUUUCUCUCCUCUCCUGAAGACAUGAAUUGUCUGUUCUUGUUCAAAUCAAAGAAACCUAAACCCAGAGAUCAACACAAAGACAAAAGAAAAGGAAAAGAGAUAGCACGAAACUCAGCUCCAGAACUGAGGAACCAGAGCGAAACGCUGUCGUUUAAUCUCCAGACGCCGAGAUCGUUGCCUUCUCCGCGAAGUAUCAGAGACUUGUAUACAGAGAGGGAAAAUAACCUUAGGGUUUUCACUUACGAAGAACUCAGUGAAGCCACUAAUGGUUUUAGCAGAAAGCUCAAGAUCGGUGAAGGUGGUUUCGGUAGUGUUUAUAAAGGAAAGAUUCCGACCACCGAAGAUUCUGAUUCUCCACUUGUCGUAGCCAUCAAGAAACUCAAUCAACAAGGGUUACAGGGUCACAAGCAAUGGCUAGCAGAGGUUCAGUUUCUUGGGGUAGUGAACCACCAGAACGUUGUGAAGCUCUUAGGUUAUUGCUCAGAUGAUGGCGAGAGGGGGAUCGAGAGGCUUUUGGUUUAUGAGUUCAUGUCGAAUCGAAGCUUAGAGGAUCAUCUCUUCACCCGUGGAUCACAUACAUUACCAUGGAAACAAAGGCUUGAGAUCAUUCUUGGUGCAGCUGAAGGAUUGGCUUAUUUACAUGAAGUUCAGGUGAUAUACCGAGACUUCAAAUCCUCUAACGUGCUCUUAAACGACGAGUUUUGUCCGAAACUAUCGGACUUUGGGCUUGCAAGAGAAGGACCUCAGGGCGACAAUACUCACGUCACAACUGCUAGAGUUGGAACACAUGGCUAUGCGGCUCCUGAGUACGUGCAAACAGGCCAUCUUCGAAUGAAAAGCGAUGUCUAUAGCUUCGGUGUCGUGCUCUACGAGAUCAUAACCGGACGUCGAACCAUUGAGAGGAGCAAGCCAGCCGCUGAACAAAGGCUAUUGGAGUGGAUCAAAGAGUAUCCUGCUGACAGUCAACGCUUCAGCAUGAUCGUUGACUCUCGUUUACGCAACGAUUAUCCAGCUGGUGGAGCCAGAAGUUUGGCUAAACUCGCUGAUCUUUGUCUGAAAAAGAACGAGAAAGAGCGGCCUACGAUGGAGAUUGUGGUGGAAAGAUUGAAGAAGAUUAUCGAAGAAUCAGAUAGUGAAGCUUAUUCAACCUCUGCGAGUAAGGAAAGUGGUCAGGUAAGAAGCAAGAGUCGAGUGGCUGGACCCGUGAAGGGGAGUUCGAGAGGAGGAGUUAGUGUCAGAGGUUGAUUUUUUUUUAGUUUUGGAAGAUUAUUUUUGUAGAUUUUAGUAUAUAAAUAAGUUACAUGGUUUAUGCGAUUUGUUGGUUGGUUUUGGGAUUAGUAGUUAGCGUAUUUGUGUGUUUAUAAAAUGAAAAUUUAAUACGGUGAAUGCAGAGAAACGUUAAUGGUGUUAGCGACUUGGCGAUACGCGACAACAACAAAAUGAUGCACGCUUCAAAUUUUUCCUGCUAACAUUUGUUGCACAUAAAAAUAAUUAACGAACAAACAUAAUUAAUUGCAGAAAUAUAUAUUGAUGUCGUUGAAAUAUAUAUUAGUCGUCAGUGUCGUCAUGAUACUAUGAUAGCAAAUUGACUAGUUUUCAGACAUAAAAUAAUGUAUAUAUUUUAGAAAACAACGAAACAAACUAUAACGACAUUUUAUCAAAACUGAAUGAAAUUGAAUAUUUAUAGGACAAAUACAAAUUAUUCCUUGCAAGUUAUACGUUCCACUUAACUUUUGUUUCCAUGAAGAAUUCGUAUAUACGGUAGAGUUUGCUAUCCUUUUAAAUUUAUCUAGUGUACGAUAAAGAUGUGUAAAUGCAAAUUUUUUUUGAAAGCUGCAAUGAAGUAAGUUUUCGAAUUUAUCAUAAGUACUCAAGGAGUUACUUGGUAUCUUGUGACUACCUACUUGUUGUGACUAUACUGAAAUAGUAUCGAGUUUGCAUCUUCAAUUCUGCCUUAUAUACUCUUUCUCUAGAUUUCAAGCGCUCUAUUUUGGUUGCUCCAAAGUGAUGAAGAAGUUUUUUUUUUUUUUUUUUUUUUUGGUAAACGAGUGAUGAAGAAGUUGUGUUCCGGAGAAUGGUUCUCUUUGGCUUUGAUUGACAAAAAAAAAAGAGUCUUUCCUUGCAACAAAUUGUUGGUAGUCAAAUGAUUUUUAAAAAGUGUUUCAACUUGUCUACCUAAACUAAUUUCCAAGUGGUUUGCCUCGUGGUUCUUUAUUUUCUUUAGACCAAUAUAUUGACCUUGGUCUUGAAUUUCGACUUCAAUAAUGUUUAGUAUUGGUUGUUUGUCUUCUCAAUACUCCUCUUAAUCUCAGCAUUCUUCAUUUGAUUUAGUAGCUUUGUUAUUUUGAUUUGUAUUGUACUUAAAGCUUUGAUUGUUAUGUUGUUCUAUUCUUCUGUUUUUGGAAUCUCCCUUUGUCGCUGGUUUUUGCCUCUGAUUUUUUAUCUACUGAAAAUGCAUCAGUUUAGUUCAUGUGUAAUUUUGAGUUCAAUGUUAAAUAUAAUCAUUUAGAGAGAAAAAAUCCCGUCACAAGAUGUAAUUUUAUUUUAAAAAAGUGUUUGUCAUGUCAAAAACUUAACUUCGUGUUCAUUUUGGAAAAAUCGUAAUACCAUAUUCGUGAAG